CACGAAUCAAUAAGUAUGGUUGUCAAGGGAAUCACUAAGAAGGCCACUAAGAAGGUCGAGAAGCAGACCUUGAAGUUCGUUGUUGACUGCGAGAAGCCUGUCAACGACAACGUCAUCGAUGCCGAGUCUUUGGCUGAGUUCUUCCGCAACCGCAUCAAGGUUGAGGGUAAGACCGGUAACCUCGGUGAGCGCGUCACUGUCGCCAAGACUGGCAAGGCCAAGAUCGUCGUCACCGCCUCUGCCCCCUUCUCCAAGCGUUACCUCAAGUACUUGACCAAGAAGUACUUGAAGAAGCAGCUCCUCCGUGAUUUCUUGAGGGUUGUCGCCAGCAACAAGAACACCUACGAGCUCCGUUACUUCUCCAUCAACCAGGAAGAGUAAACGAUGGACUCUCCAAGUCGUGGUUGUUCCCUUCGAUCGCCUUGAUUCGCGGUUGC